AUGAUCACCAGAUAUAUACCUUUUUCUUUUCUUCUAUUCAGCCCAAUAUGGAGCUUGAGCGUUCCACAACAACUCCCACUCCAACCUCCAAACCCCCCUCUUCCCCGUCCUUUGGUCAUAUGGCAUGGUCUAGGCGAUACGGCUUUCUCAGAAGGUAUAUCAGAGUUUAUACAAGGUAUAAAAGAAACAUAUCCUGGGAUAUACGUAUAUUCCGUUCAAAUACCUCAAGGGGGUAGUGAAGAUGACGAACGUAAAGCUGGGUUUUAUGGGAAUGCGGAAAAUCAAGCUGCUGAUGGUUGUAUUCAAUUAUCUUCUAUACCGGAAUUACAAAAUGGUUUUGACGCCAUGGGUUUUUCUCAAGGUGGUUUGUUUUUAAGAUGGUAUGUUCAGUAUUGUAAUGUCCCACCUGUGAGAAAUCUCAUCACUUUCGGAACACCUCAUUAUGGCAUAUCAGCCCUCAUCCCAUGUCCUACACCUCCAACACUUACUUGUUUAUUAGCCGCCCGAGCAGCACGUGCGGGGAUAUACCGACCUUGGGCACAAACUCAUCUUGUUCAAGCUGCUUAUUUCAGAGAUACGGAAAGGUUAGAAGAGUUCUACGAAGUGAACACCUUCUUGAGGGAUUUGAAUGGAGAAGGGGUAAAGGGUUCUGAAGGGGAGUUCAGGGAAGGGAAAUGGAAAGAAAGUGGAGGGAAGGGAUUAAGAGAGUUGGAACAUUUCAUAGCUAUCAUGUUUGAUGCUGAUCGAACCGUCUCACCAGCUCAAUCAGCCCACUUCGCAACCUACUCACCGGAAAACAAAACUCUAGUGGUACCGAUGGAACAACAAAACUUAUAUCAACAAGAUUGGAUCGGUCUUCGAGAAUUGGAUGAAACGGGGAGGUUGGUAUUGGAUCAUUGUCCUGGUGAACAUAUGGAUCUCGGAGGAGGUUGUGGACAUAGGAUGAUUAGAGAUUGGGUAGGUGGGCGUGUGUGA